CAGUUUCUCUUUUACUCUCUAGCAGCAGAGGAGACCUCUGCUCCUCUCUAUAUAUGAGUCUCACUCCUCCUUGUGCCAAUGCCAUUUCCAAUUUUGAAGCAACGAAGCAUUAUGUGGUUCUUCAAUCCCAACCCCAAACCCAACUUGCUCUUCUUUCUCAUUUUGGGUUCCCUCCUCCUCUUAUCCCAUCAUUCCUUUUUCACCAUUUGCAGAGCCGCACUUGAUGACUCCGGGGAAGUUGGUGAUGAACUUCCAUUUACUUAUGUUGAGGGAACUGGUAAAGGACCAAAGAAAUGGGGUCAAAUUGACCCACAUUGGAAAGUUUGUGAUAAUGGAGAAAUGCAGUCUCCUAUUGAUCUUCUUGACGGCAGGGUGCAGGUUUUCCCUAACUUGGGGAAAUUGAAAAGGGAUUACAAACAAGCCCCUGCUACUAUCAAGAACAGAGGGCAUGACAUUACGGUGAGGUGGAAAGAAGACGCAGGGAAAAUCAAUAUUAAUGGUACAGACUAUAAUCUGCUACAAUGUCAUUGGCAUUCACCUUCUGAACACACAUUCAAUGGAUCAAGGUAUGCUUUGGAGCUCCACGUUAUUCAUACAAGCUCUACUGGAAAGAUUGCUGUUAUUGGAAUUGUAUACAAAUAUGGCCGACCUGAUCCCUUCCUUUCAAAGCUGUUCCACCACAUAAAAUCAGUUGGGAAAGAAGAGGUUGAUAUUGGCAUUAUUAAUCCAGGAGACAUCAAGUUUGGAAGCAGAAAGUAUUACAGAUAUAUUGGUUCUCUCACUGUUCCUCCCUGCACUGAGGGUGUAAUUUGGACAAUAGUCAAAAAGGUGAGGACAGUUUCAAGGGAGCAAGUGAGAGCACUAAGGGAGACUGUUCACGAUGGAUAUGAGGAAAAUGCAAGGCCAACUCAGCAAUUCAAUGGGAGACCAGUGUUGUUAUACACUCCAGGGGAGAAUGGAGGUUCUGGUUAGGUCUAUAUAUAAAUGUAAGGGAAAUGUCUUCUUUAAUUUUCAUCUUACCAACAAAGAAGUGGGAUUUAGAACCACAUGUUCGAAUAUGUUGUAUAUUUUGUGGGUAUCAUUCAUGAGUAUGUAAACAAAGUUAUAUGUUCCCGACUUUUUGAAAAAUACAACUUGAUCUAUGUACUCUUGUCUACUUCUC